AUGGUAGAACUUACAUCGCCCCGCUCUGAAUCGAGUGCGGGAUGGGUUGAUGAUAACGUGUUGAUGCUGAAAUCGAAGCCAUGCGCCACCAAGUCGAGCCAGCCCUUCAGCCGACUCUAUCGUGGUUACUGUAUUAGCAUCGGUACCAGACCAAGCAGCGACCCAGACAUAUCAACCGUCCAACAAUUUGCAGUUGCCAAGCAUGUGGCGGUGGUCUGGGUCACCGGGCAUUGUGGCAUUCUAGGGAACGAACGAGCUGACUCUCUUGCUCAGAACGCUGCCGACGAUGUAAUCAGAGAGUCAGCAGAACACCACGAGGAAGCUGUCGUCCAGCUGGCUAUUCGCAGGAGGGUGAUGCAGGCCUGGAAUCAAGCAUGGAACUCUUCACCAAAAGGAUCUAACUUCAGGUCAAAGCUGCACAAGCUACGAGCUGGCGACACUUUCAAGCUGUACAACCAUCUCCAGCGGGGCCAUAUGUCCUUUCACAUCCUGAACAAAGGGAAAGUCGUCCUCGGAGCCACCCCGGCAACCACCCAGGGUGGCUUCUGCUGA